AUGAACUUCUACUCUUUGGUGGCGCCUCCCGUUGGCGGUAGUAAGCGGUCAAAGAAAGAUGUUGCGAAAGCGAUCCUUCAAAUCCCAAAAGACGACCACAGCAACAAUCUCAUGUUCGUUGCGGAGUCACUUGCCCGGCACGAGGUACUUGACAAACGAGCUGUUGUGCGAGCACUGGCCCGGCAUCUGGAGGCACAAAAUCAGCUGCAGGACGUUCGCCUGCUGUCGAUGCAGAUAGCAGACGUCUUCGUCGUCGAAGGAGGCUUCCACGGUCUCUUUCGCAGACUGUACGUCAGCCCCAUGUACACGAACCCUUUUGCGAGGCGGUCGCGAACGGGGUUCAGUCGCGUCGCCUAUGGAUGCACCGAAAUUAUUGUUAGUCUUAGGGAAAACUGCGGUAAUUACAGAUACGCACCCGGCUCUAUCUUCCAAACCCGUGCUGAGGGCAUGACCAGCGCUGUGACAGAGAUCAACGACUGGUCGUUUGUCUUCAGGCACUGUCCAAACUUGAAAACGUUGUCGGUGAUAACGGGCGGCUGUACGACGGGAGUGCUGUGGAACAGGACAAGCUCGGCACUGAGAACGCUAAGGACGGGGCUGGAGGAUGCAGACCUGCCUAACAUGACGACGCUGCGGAUGGCCCCGGUUGAUAUGGUGUACGUCGGGCAAUUUGGAUGCCACGGCCCUGCAUUUGGGAGGUCAAGUGCGUUUGCAGCCACGUUGUGGACGCAAAUCAAGCAUCUUGAACUCCAGAUACUUCCUCUUGCCGAUCUAGAGGAGAACCAACGGAUCCAGACAUUCGAAAAGUUCAGAGAGUGGUUGCGAGGCCUUGCGUUACAUCUCAGGUCACUUAGGAUAUGCUAUCUUGGCGUGCAUGAGGGCCAUAACCCGUUUCAACGGCUCAGUGGCCUGAAUAGAAAGCGUUUGGGGGAAGACAACGUUUAUAUGCCUGAGCUGAGAGAAUUGUGGCUUGGAAGGGUUGAGGGUUUGAAUGACAGUUACGAUGUUCUGAAGACGCUUGCUCCACGGCUCGUGAGGUAUGCAUCCUCGUGUCAUGUUUACCAGGUAUUCUGGAUCUAA